AAAGUUCUUGGGUUUCGGUUAUGUAGUUGCCUGAGAUCGGAGAUUCGACGGCCAGAUAAGGUUCCAUUGAUCUACUUAUCUCCUCCUUCCUCUUUCCGCCGUGUACUCUUUCCUUUCCCCGCUUUACUUACUAGUCGUGUACAUCGUUGUGCAGGACAGUCUUCUUGUUUCAAACGUCAUCGCUGUAGUGUCUGCGCAACGGAGAACACGGCUAGCGUCGAAAUUGUUGCUCUUGGUUAACUCUUGAUUCUGACAUAAUGGCAUCGAGCGCAUCCUCGUCGACUUUACACCCUCCACGACUUGCUGCCAUGUUCGCCGGAUCUCCCAGCGCGCCAGGGACUCCUGUGCAUUCUAUUCAGACCAUGCGCAGGAAAGCUGCUGGUCACUCCGGACCAUUAACAAAGAUUUUGGUUGCUAAUCGGGGUGAAAUUGCCAUCCGUGUAUUCCGAACCGCCCAUGAAUUGGCUAUGCACACCGUCGCGAUCUUUUCGUAUGAAGAUCGGUUGUCUGCUCAUCGUCAAAAGUCCGAUGAAGCAUACCAGGUUGGAAAAGGUCUUACUCCUGUCGGUGCUUAUCUCGCCCAAGACGACAUCAUCAGGAUAGCUCUUGAGAGUGGCGUGGACAUGAUCCAUCCUGGCUAUGGUUUCCUUUCCGAAAAUGCAGACUUUGCCCGUAAAGUUGAGAUGGCAGGAUUAGCCUUCGUUGGUCCUUCCCCUGAGGUCAUUGACUCGCUCGGAGACAAGACCAAAGCGCGUGACAUAGCGAUCAAGAUCGGCGUACCAGUUGUUCCUGGCACUCCCGGAGCAGUAGCUUCUUACACAGAGGCUGAUGCGUUCAUCAAAGAAUACGGCUUCCCUGUCAUAAUUAAAGCCGCCAUGGGAGGAGGCGGUCGUGGUAUGCGAGUUGUUCGUGAGCAGUCUGAUUUCGAAUCCUCCUUCGAGCGUGCAGUCAGCGAGGCGAAAUCGGCCUUUGGAGACGGGACCGUUUUCAUUGAGCGUUUCCUCGAACGACCUCGUCAUAUUGAAGUCCAACUCCUCGCUGAUGCUCAGGGCAACACCAUUCACCUCUUCGAACGUGACUGUUCGGUGCAACGUCGUCACCAAAAAGUCGUUGAAGUCGCGCCUGCCACCCAUCUCCCCGAAGAAGUCCGCAAGGCUAUCCUUGCCGAUGCUAUCAAGUUGGCCAAGAGUGUUGGUUACAGGAAUGCGGGAACUGCAGAGUUCCUCGUUGACCAGAUGGGCAGGCAUUACUUCAUCGAGAUCAACCCUCGUAUUCAAGUCGAACAUACAAUCACUGAGGAGAUCACCGGCAUCGACAUCGUCGCUGCACAGAUCCAAAUUGCUGCUGGUGCUACUCUGCCUCAGCUCGGUCUGACUCAAGAGGCCAUCAGCAAACGAGGCUUUGCUAUUCAAUGUCGUGUUACGACCGAAGAUGCAGCACAAAACUUCCAACCCGACACCGGAAAGAUUGAGGUGUAUCGUAGUGCUGGUGGUAAUGGUGUUCGUCUUGAUGCCAGUUCCGGUUUUGCAGGUGCCCAAAUUACACCUCACUACGACAGUUUGCUAGUCAAGGUCACCGUUAGUGGAACCACCUACGAAGUUGCUCGGAGGAAGAUGCUCCGGGCGUUAGUCGAGUUCCGUAUUCGUGGUGUCAAGACGAACAUUCCGUUCCUCUUCCGCUUGCUGACCCAUGAUGUCUUCAUCGGUGGGAAGACUUGGACUACGUUCAUCGACGACACUCCCGAACUAUUCAAGUUGGUUCAGAGCCAAAACCGUGCUCAGAAGCUUCUUGCGUAUCUUGGUGAUCUUGCCGUCAAUGGCAGCUCAAUCAAGGGUCAACAAGGGGAACCCGGUCUCAAAGACGACGUUGUCAUCCCCACUUUCCAGAGUCGCGAAGAUCCCAAUGGACCUCCCCUCGAUUGCUCUCAUCCGUGCGAGUCCGGCUGGCGUAACAUCAUCGUCGAGCACGGUCCUGAGGCAUUCGCUAAGGCUGUCCGCGAGUACCCCGGUGUGCUCAUUAUGGACACGACCUGGCGUGAUGCUCACCAGUCAUUGCUGGCUACUCGUCUGAGGACUAUUGAAAUGGUCAACAUCGCGAAGGAGACUAGCCAUGCUCUUGCCGGUGCCUACAGUUUGGAGUGCUGGGGUGGAGCUACGUUUGACGUGGCGAUGCGAUUCUUGUAUGAAGAUCCCUGGGAACGCCUGCGUACAUUGCGUAAGCUGGUUCCCAACAUUCCUCUGCAAGCCCUUGUUCGUGGUGCCAACGGCGUUGGUUACACCAGUUACCCCGAUAACGCUAUCUAUGACUUCUCGAAGAAAGCCGUGGAGAAUGGCCUGGACAUCUUCCGAGUCUUUGACUCUUUGAACUACAUCGAGAACAUGAAACUUGGUAUCGAUGCGGCGAAGAAGGCUGGCGGUGUUUGUGAGGGCGUUGUCUGCUACUCCGGCGAUGUUGCCAGCCGCAAGGAAACGAAGUACACGUUGCAAUACUAUCUCGACUUCGUUGAUCAGCUGGUAACUGAGGGUGUCCACGUCCUUGGUAUCAAAGACAUGGCUGGCCUUUUGAAACCAGAAUCUGCUAAAUUGCUUGUUGGUGCUAUUCGCAAGAGAUAUCCUGAUCUUCCCAUUCAUAUCCACUCUCAUGAUACCGCUGGUAUUUCAACUGCCAGCAUGUUGGCGGCUGCGGCUGCCGGUGCAGAUGUAAUCGAUGUCGCUAUCGACAGCAUGUCGGGCCUGACCUCUCAGCCUCCAAUGGGUGCUGUUUGCACCGCCCUCGAACAGAGUGGUCUUGGUACCGGAAUCCGUUAUGCGGACAUUCAGGCAUUGAACCUAUACUGGAGCCAAGUACGCAUGCUGUACAGCUGUUUCGAGGCCAAUGUACGCGCGGCGGAUUCCAGCGUCUUCGAUCAUGAGAUGCCUGGCGGACAAUACACAAACCUUAUGUUCCAAGCAUCGCAGUUGGGCCUAGGUACCCAGUGGACAGAAAUCAAGAAGAAGUAUAUCGAAGCAAAUGAACUUUGUGGCAAUAUCAUCAAGGUCACGCCUUCCUCAAAGGUCGUAGGCGAUUUCGCACAGUGGAUGACACAGAACAAGCUCUCGAAGAAGGAUGUUCUCGAAAGGGCUGAUCAAUUGGAUUUCCCUUCCUCUGUUGUAGAGUUCUUCCAGGGUUACAUUGGGCAACCGGUUGGCGGCUUCCCUGAACCUCUUCGUAGCAGGAUUAUCAGGAACAAGCCCAGAAUUGACGGCAGGCCCGGUGCAGUUCUCGAACCCUUGAACUUCAGACAGAUCAAGGCAGAGUUGCGGCAGAAGUUCGGAAAACAUAUUACGGAUGCGGACGUUACUUCCUACGUUAUGUACCCGAAGGUCUUCGAAGAGUUCCAGGGCUUUGUCGAGAAGUACGGCGAUUUGAGCGUGAUUCCCACUCGUUACUUCCUUGGUCGACCGGAUAUUGGCGAGGAAAUGCAUAUCUCAAUCGAGAAGGGCAAGACCCUUAUCAUUCGCUUGAUGGCAGUUGGCCCUGUCGUCGAGGGCCGCGCUCAGCGUGACGUUUGGUUCGAAGUCAACGGAGAGGUUCGAGCUGUGUCUGUUGAGGACAAGAACUCCGCUGUUGAAACCGUGUCUCGAGAGAAGGCUACCGUAGACCCUGGGUCCGUAGGUGCUCCGAUGUCCGGUGUGGUCGUGGAGGUUCGCGUCAAGGAGGGAUCUGAGAUCAAGAAGGGUGACCCAAUAUGCGUAUUGAGUGCCAUGAAGAUGGAAUCCUCCGUCACUGCUCCAGUUUCUGGCCACAUCAAGCGUGUUGUUAUCCAAGAAGGCGAUUCCAUCAACCAGGGAGACUUAGUCGUAGAGAUUGUGCACUGACAAACUAUGUCACACUCAUUCUCGGACAACCUCAAACAUCAUACAAGCUGCUAGUGACCAUUGCACGGAUAAGUAUAGAAUCUCUCCUGACCACAAGUGUUGUACUGUACCAACGACUAUACGAAACAAAUCUUUGACGCACCU